AUGGGAUGGGCCAGGGAGAACAGCAAGGCUGAGGGCGAGGACCCCGGUUUUGCCAGCCAAGCCCUUAUCAGCAAGAAGCUAAACGACUACCGGAAAGUGAGCCCUGCGGGCACCAAGCCCGACUCGUCGCCCAAGGGCCCUCGUGGGCUGGGGAUCCGAGCCGAGUUCCUGAAGCAGACGGGAACCAGCGCGCCCCGGUCCCCCAGGCAGGACGCGGCCGUCACGAAAGAUGAAAGCAGCUCCCAAAAAGCCCCGUGGGGCAUCAACAUCAUGAAGAAGAACAAGAAAUCUGCCCCGCGCGCCUUCGGCGUGAGGCUGGAGGAUUGCCAGCCUGCCCCGGACAACAAGAACGUGCCCCUGAUCGUGGAAGCGUGCUGCAAGGUGGUGGAGGACCGGGGGCUGGAGUACAUGGGCAUCUACCGCGUGCCCGGCAACAACGCGGUGGUGUCCAGCCUGCAGGAGCAGCUCAACAAGGGAGCCACCGAGAUCAACCUGCAGGACGAGCGGUGGCAGGACCUGAACGUCAUCAGCAGCCUCCUGAAAUCCUUCUUCCGAAAGCUGCCCGAGCCCCUCUUCACUGACGAUAAAUACAACGACUUUAUCGAAGCCAACCGGAUCGAAGACGCCAGCGAGAGGAUGAGGACGCUGCGGAAGCUGAUCCGGGACCUGCCAGGCCACUACUACGAGACCCUCAAAUUCCUGGUGAGCCACCUGAAGACCAUCGCUGACCACUCGGAGAAGAACAAGAUGGAGCCCCGGAACCUGGCGCUGGUGUUCGGCCCCACGCUGGUGCGAACGUCCGAGGACAACAUGACCGACAUGGUGACGCACAUGCCCGACCGCUACAAGAUCGUGGAGACCCUCAUCCAGCACUCAGACUGGUUCUUCAGUGACAAGGAGGACAAGGGUGAGAAGACCCCCGUGGAUGAGAAGGAGGCUCAGUCCGUGCCCAACAUCGAGUACCUGCUGCCCAACAUCGGCAGGACCGCGGCGCCCGGCGAUGCCGCAGGCUCCACUCGCAGCGGCUCCGCCAAACCGAAGGGCACGUGGCCGUCGCGCAAAGCGCCGUCGCACCGGGAGCUCCUCGCCAUCCCCUUCGUCUCGGCCGCCGCCCGCAAGAGGAAGAAGAGGAGAGAGGCCGAAGGCGUUGGGAGCAGCACCGACGACGACGCGGAGCGCAGGGACAGCCCGGGCCGGCAGCAGGAGCGGGAGGGCCCCGCGGCGACGCCCGGCAAAGCCCCCCGCGGCACCGGCGCCGAGCCGGCGGCUCCGGGCCCGGCCGGGAUGGAGCGGGAAUGCUCCGCCGAUCCCGCGGGCAGCGGCUCCGAGCCCGCCCCGGACGCCCGCUCCAUCGUGUCCGGCUACUCCACGCUGUCCACCAUGGACCGCAGCCUGUGCUCCGAGGCGCACUCGGUGGCCGGGAGCCGCGGGGAGGAGGCGGACGACGAGCGCAGCGAGCUCAGCCACAUGGAGACGGACACGGAGAGCCGCGAGGGAGCGCGGCCGCGGCCGGGCCGGGCCGGGGGGGACGCAGGCGACGAGGACAGGUCACCCCCGGGCCGCCCCUCCUUCAGCUCGCACCGCCUGAUCCAGUGCGACACGCUGGCCCGCAGGAAGCUGGCGCGGCCGCGGCCGGCCGGGGACACGGCGGCGGUGGCCGGCGGCGACGAGCAGAGCUGGGCGGCCCCCGGGCGAGCGUCGCUGCGGGAGCAGCUCCGGCAGCACCUGCGGGGCUCCGCCGAUGACACGGGGGUCCGCCUGCGCCGGGCGCACUCCCCCGAGACCCGCCGCAAGAAGAGCAGCUGGCGCCGGCACACGGUGGUGGUGCCCGGCGGCCUCAAGGACCUCAACUUCAACGAGUGGAAGGAGCCGCGGGGACUCGAGGGGACGCCGGCCCCCUGUCGCGACAAGGACUCGGGGCUCAGCAGCCUGGAGUCCACCAAAGCCCGGCCCGGCCCGGCCCCGGCCGGCGCUGCUGGCCCGGGCACGGCCACCGAGAGCCCCCCGGGCAGCCCCGGGCCCCCGGCGCCGCUGCGCUUCCCGCGGUGUCUGUGACCCCCGGGCGCCGUUCGUUUAGGGACUGUCCCUUGUCCCCGUAUUUAAUUGCGCUCCGGACGAGCUGCUGGUGUUAUUUAACGGGUCCUGGUGGCCCCGCGCCACGGGGGGACAAAGCCACCUCGUCCCCCCCGCUUUGGGGACCGCACGGUGCCCCGGCCCCCAGGCAGUGCCACGAGGGCUCGCGGGGACUGUCCCCAGCGGUGGCCCUGCUGUCCCCAGCCGCGGCGGAGCGAAGUGCGGGCACUUCCCUGGGCGCGGCGGUUGCUCCGGCCGGGACCUGCCCGGGAUGGGGACCCUGGGGACACCGGGGACCUCGGUGUCACAGACCCCCGUGUUGAGGGACCCUGGGGACCUUGUCAGAAACCUGCUGGGGACCCUGGGGACUGUGAUGUCACGGACCCUUGCUCUGGGGGAUCUUGGGGACAUCAGGGUCAGAGACACCUGCCCUGGUGACCUCGAUGACAGACCCCUGCCCUGGGGACCCUGGCGACUCCCCAUGCCCUGAGCACCUUGGGGGUCCCGUCCCAGAGACCCCCGCCGUGUGCUGGGGUCCCUUGGGGACCUCGGGGCUGUCCCUUCACCUGGGGGGCUCUGCUGGGCGGGGGGAGCCGGGGAGGGGGUGGCACCGAGGGGGACACCCGGCGGGGGGGCACUGCCACCCUUUACCCCCCACGAGCCGCGUGUGGCACGUCCCGGAAGGUCCCUGUCCCCUCCCGUCGCUGUCCCCUUCCUGCCCCCCAGGCCAGAAGCACUUUAGGAAGGGAGUUUGGGGACCCCCGGCCUGGCCACGCGGGGACACAAGCGCCACCACCUGGGUGGCCCGGUGUCACACCCUGUCGCCGUCUCUCCGUGUCGUUCUCAUCCGUUAUGCAAAUAUUUGCUGUAAAGUCGUCGGUUUUUCUUUCCUUUCCGGUUUUUUGGGGUUUUUGUUGUUCGUUUUCCCUGUACAUACCGGCCCUGCCCGUGUAACAUACCCCAAAGGGUUUCUAAGGAUUUUUUAAGCUGUUUUGCUCAGCGGGAAGGCCAGCCCCGAGCAGGGGACGUGCUGGACCAGUGGUGACUUUUUAAAACCCUCCUGCAUGUCCCCCCCAAACCCCUUCCCACCCCAUCCCGGCCCCGUCGGGAUCUGCAAAACUGCAAAAAAACCCCAAACCAGCCCAAAAUCCCCCUGCUUCGGCCCCCAGCUCCAGUCUAUGUAUUGGAAAUAAACUGGUUAUUCGAGGUUU